AUGUUAUGUUUAGCUGUAAUUGAUCAAUAUCUUGUAACAUACACAUGUCCACGGUGGCAAAGAUGGGCAAAUAUCAAAGUAGCUCAUCGAAUGACAAUUCUUGUUUCGAUAUUUUGGGCAGCACAUGCUGUGUUAUUCUUCAUUUAUAUCCGAGAUCUGUCACCGACAAAUGCAGCUAUUUGUAGCUCAUUCGAUCCUAUGUUUGCACGAUAUGAAACGUAUGGAGUUUAUUUGACAAUAAGCAAUCUUUUCCCAUUGGUUGCAGUACUAUUCGGUAUAUUGGCGUAUCGAAAUGCUCGAACACUAACAACGAGAGCAAAUCCGAUGGUUCGUCGUGAAUUAGACAAACAACUGACAGUUAUGGUUCUUGUCGAAAUCAGUGUUUAUAUGUGUACGUUUAUACCAUUCACAAUCACCAGUGGAUUUUUAUCAUUAAUUACAAUUGAUGAUCCUGUUGUUCUUGCUCAAUUAAAUUUGGUGAACGCAGUUGUACUGACAUGGAAUAUUUUAUCAUAUGGGAGUUCAUUUUAUACAUAUAUUAUUGUAUCGAAACGAUUUCGGCGUCAAGCAAAAUACGUUCUAUAUGACAUUUAUAUGAAUCGAUUUCGACAGAAUCGUAUUUAUCCAAAUCAAACAGAGAUAGCGAUCACAGCAAACAGUGUACGAGACGUUUGA